CAUUAUUUCAGUUUAAUUGAAUUCAUCUUCCAUUUGAUUUAUUAUUGUAAAGCAUCAGUAUCAGGGAAUGUUUCACUUUACUACACUGACUAUAGGUGUUGAUCUGCUCCAGAGUAAUCUGAACUAAUCCUUUUAGUCUUUGUCUUAAUCUACGACAGUGUUUGGGAAUGUCACACUCCUGCUCAGACAGAGAGUGGCACUUCUUUCCUGAGACAGUAGUGUAUGAGAUACUUAGAGCGAUGCAUCCAGCUCUAUAUGCAGACCUCACUUUGUGCUUGGCGUUGGUGGUCUGUGCUCAGAGUCCAUCAUGCCCGUCUCUGUGCACCUGUAUGCUCCAUGAUCGCAGCGAUUCCAAAGGACUCAGAACUGUGCUCUGUAAGAACCCAGCCUUGACUGCCAUUCCAAUUGAUUUGCCAAGUGAUACUGUCAAGUUUCGUCUAGAGCGCACCUCUGUUUCCAGGAUCUUUAGAGGCGCUUUCUCUGCCAUGCCAGAUCUGCUUUAUUUGUGGCUGACAUAUAACUCCAUCACAGUUCUACACCCAAGGAGUUUCACAAACCUGUCUUCCCUUCAUGAGUUACGAUUGGACGGGAACCUCCUCUCCACUUUCCCCUGGGAGGGACUCAGGGAUGUGCCCCGCCUCCGAACACUUGGACUGCACAAUAACCGCCUGGCACGAAUCCCACCCCUGGCUGCGCGUUACCUUGGCAAUGUGACUUAUCUGGACCUCUCGAGCAACAAGCUGAGCACCCUGCCUAAUGAUCUGUCUGCUCUCUGGCCAUUCAGUGACAGCACUCAAAGCCAGCGCUCAGUGGUUCUAGGUCUUCAGGACAACCCCUGGGUGUGUGACUGUAGGCUUUCCACCUUGCUUGACAUUAGUAAAGCCCCAGAAUCCUCUCUGGUCCUGUUGGAUCGGUUCCUGACCUGUAGUGAACCGCCAGAUCUCGCCGGAGUUCCCUUUCAGAGCGUGGAGCUCACUCGCUGCCGCAGGCCCUACGUGGUGACCUCUGCCACAAAGAUCACAGCUUUACUGGGUAGCAAUGUCCUACUUCGCUGUGAUGCAACAGGACACCCGACUCCAACAAUUAUGUGGAUAAAAUCUGCCAGAUCCAACCUUUAUAACCAAGCUUGUUGUAAGCAGAUGCAAAGCAGCAUUGACAUCGAAAGAUUGCCCAGAAAACUUUCUGGCUAUGUACAAGAGUCUACACGUGUGGGAAUCCGUUGGUCGGCAGUCAGUAUUAAUGGAAUAUCCUACAGAGAUGCAGGGGAGUACCGAUGCAGAGCACAAAACAUGGCAGGGAUAUCAGAGGCCAUUGUCAGUCUGAAUGUGGUCGGGUUAAUGGCGGAAUAUGCGAACUCUAAAAACUCUGAUCAACAGCAAACGGUUGCAAAAUCAGACUUUUCACAGAGGAAACCCAACCAGAGGCUCCAGUCCAAGGCUAUACCUUCUUUGUUGCCUCGAAACAUGACCGGACAGCCCUCCCUUCCAAAGAGAAUCAUGAAAAUCCCCAAAGCCAGCAGAGACAAAAUGAAAAGGGACAGGAUAGCUGUACAGAACCUGCCACAGAGACACUUUUUGAUUGCUUCUGAAAAUCCACUCCACAAAAGACAAACACCUCAUGUCUCCAUGUCAAUUCACACCUGACACAUUCAAAUGUGUAAUUUCAGGAAGUUUCUUUUUUCAUAUGAAUGACCAUAACCUUGUAUAUUUCCUCAAUGGAAGGUUGCUUUCAUGUAUUACACAGCCAUGACCAGCAGAUGGCAGCUCGGAGCUAAAGACUCUUCAUGACAAAAGCCAUUUGUUUAUUAAAAAAAACAAAAAAACAUUUAAAAACGAGCUGAAAUUGUACUUUUGAAAAGUAUGUUAAAAUGAUGUUCCCUCACAUGAACCUCUAGUCAUAUCAGUAGCCUAAUAAAAGUCACAUUCUUAUUGUAAAGAAUUUAUCUGGUGAAUAGUAUUACUGGUCAAUGCAAUACAUCAAGUUAAUAACUCUUUUAUAAUAUAUGGCUCUAUAGAUCUGUGUGAACUUAAUAGCUGUUUAUUAACAAAUUGAGCUAUUAUCUGUGUUAAACAGUGUUCGGGUGACAAUGACCUCUAUAUGGGGUCAAAUAAGAGUGAUGAAAUUCAGUGCGAUUAUUCGUCUUAAUAGCUGUAAAAGCUUCCUGUCUUUCUUAGAUCAUUGAUACUCCCAGAUA